AUGUCAGCUCUAACUCCAAAAGAUUGUAACGCUGAACUUUCCAGCGAAGAAGCUCCACCUCUUUUACCUAAUACAAACAUUAUUAUUCACGAACAUUUGGUUGAACCAAAAGAUGAUUUCAUACUCUAUGAUUCUGAUGGAGAGGAUUUUUCAUUAUUCACAGAUGAUUAUUCAGAUUAUUGUGGUCCAAUAGGAACAGAAGGCAUGGGCUAUCCAGGAGAAUACAAACUUCUUCCUGAAUAUGGACAGAUACAAGUCGGAAAACCCAACAACGAAAAAAGUUAA